CAUAGUGAAACCGAGUGAGGUGCGGUUAGACCUCAGCCCUUGUUUAGAGGUGGGAGAUGAGCAACCACGGGCUGUUGGUCUUUGGUUCUAUGAGACGGUCUGUGGAGGCUGGCUGUGGCGGUGAAGGAGGUUCUCCUGGAGGAGGGACAGGGAGACGGAGGUGCGACGUGGAAACCCGCAGCGCCGUCCGUUUCCGUCUCCUGAAGUAAACAAAUGAAGUUACGGUGAAACAAUGAAAGCAGACUUUCAGUUUUCAGAACAAUCUGAUCUGCUGACAUGAAAUGAGACUCGGCAAACGGAGUAAGAACUUGUAGGAAAAUUCCGUCGCCAUGGACGAGGGACUGACUAUUACUUGUAUAUCUGUAGCGAUGUUUGUGGGCACCUUCCUACUAGGAUUCAUCCCACUGUUGUUCCGACUCUCUGAGAAAAGCCUGCAGUUUGUGUCCAUCCUGGGGGCGGGUCUGCUGUGCGGCACAGCGUUGGCCAUCACCAUCCCAGAGGGUGUGGGCUUACUGGAGGAUUCGUGGAGAGAGUCUUCCUCUGAUGCUCCAUCUGGUCCGAAUGCUAGUGAAAAAACGGCGCCUUCCACAAAGGGAAGCGCCCCACCUCGCUUUUAUAUCAGCGUGGCUUUGACGUUCGGGUUUACCUUCAUGUUUGUUGUUGAUCAGAUUGGAGGAUACAUUUCCACGCGUGGUCAAGCAGCACAUUUGUUGAAUAACAAACACAUCACAGCCACUCUGGGGCUAGUUAUCCAUGCUGCAGCUGAUGGAUUUGCUCUGGGCGCUGCCGUCGCCACAGGUCAAGCCACUGUACAAGUGAUUGUUUUUUUUGCGGUCAUUCUACACAAGGCUCCUGCUGCUUUUGGUUUGGUUUCCUUCCUGAUGCAUUCAGGCCUUGAGAAGAAAGACAUUCAGGGACAUUUACUGACCUUCUCAGCAGCAGCGCCCAUAGUUGCUAUCAGCACUUACUUCAUACUGCAGGCGACUGGAAGUUCCUCUCAUAACCAGAUGAAUGCAACAGGAGUGGGAAUGCUGUUCUCAGCAGGAACUUUCCUUUAUGUUGCCACGGUGCACGUUCUCCCUGAGAUCAGCAGUAGCAGCGCAGCAGAACCCUUCUCUAACCUGCAGGAGGAAACAGGAGCAGAAACCCACAAGGCAAGACAUCUGGGGCUCCUGGAGAGCCUCACCCUCAUCCUCGGUGUGGGGCUCCCAGUCAUAUUGGCCCUCAGCUUGCACGAUGACUGACAGAGAGUUUACUGCGAAGGAUGCAGAAUAAUACUCCCAAAACAAAAUCUUACCAAGUAUUUUUUGGUCUAGUUUCUAGUGCAAAUAUAUUUUUACACUUGAAAUAAGACAAAACUAACAUACAACUAACUUUAGAGCAAGAUAUGGGAGGUGGUUUUAAGUCAGUAAUUUCUUAAUAUCGAUGGAAAAGUACUGCCAGUCAAAAAAAAACAUUAAAAUGUCCAGUUAUAUCUAGUACUUUCCAUCAGUAUUAAGGAAUUAUUGACUUAAAAUAAGUUCAUUUAUUAUGCUUAAAAGUUACUUGUAAGUUAGCUUUGUC